CCCACGUGGGAGCGGGAGCGGCACCGGCGCCGGUCCCGGGAUGGCGGGGCUGGAGCUGGUGUCCGACGCGGGGUUUCGGGCCGACGGGCGCCGCCCGGACGAGCUGCGCAAGGUGCGGGCCCGGCUGGGGGUGCUGGCGCGGGCCGACGGCUCGGCCUACCUGGAGCAGGGCAACACCAAGGUCCUGGCGGCCGUGUACGGCCCGCACGAGGUCCGAGGGUCCCGGGCCAAGGCCCCCCCUGACCGGGCUCUGCUGAGCUGCCGCUGCAGCUCGGCCCCGUUCGCGGGGGGCGGGGAGCGGCGCCGGAGACCCCCCCAGGGGGACCGGAGGUCGGGGGAGCGGGCGCUGCUGCUCAGGGGGGUCCUGGAGGGGGCCGUGCUCACUCACCUGUACCCCCGCUCCCAGAUCGACGUGCACGUCCAGGUGCUGCAGGCGGACGGGGGCGAGCUGGGUGCCAGCGUGAGCGCGGCGGGGCUGGCGCUGCUGGACGCGGGGGUGCCCAUGCGGGGGGCGGUGGUGGCCGGUUCCGCCGGGCUGGCCGAGCCCCCCGCGGGGCCCCCCCUGGCCUUGGCCGACCUGAGCGCGGCCGAGGAGGCGGCUGGGGGGCCCCGGCUCGUGGUGGCCACGCUGCCGGCCUCGGGCCACCUGUCCCUGUGCCAGCUCAGCGCCCGCCUGCACCAGGAGCGGCUCCAGCCCGUGCUGGACAUGGCCCAGCGCGCCUGCGAGGGGCUGCACGCCGUGCUGGACGGCGUGGUCAGGGACAGGCUGAGGAGGGACACGGCCUUGAACGAGUGACCGAGGUGGGGACACGCCAUGGGGAUGCCACGGGGACAAUGGGGACAUUGGGGACAAUGGGGACACCGGGACGUGGCCCAGCGCGCCUGCGAGGGGCUGCACACCGUGCUGGGCACCGUGGUCAGGGACAGGCUGAGGAGGGACACGGCCAUGGCUGAGUGACCAGCGCUGAGGGACACCAUGGGGACACCACCGGGACACCACCGGGACACCACUGUGGCUAAAUGACUGACCCCAGGGACACCCCCAGGACACCGGGACACCACCAUGAAUGAGUGACCAAUGCUGGGGACACCACCAGGACACCACUGUGGCUAAAUGACCAACCCAGGGACACCCCCAGGACACCGGGACACCACCGUGAAUGAGUGACCAAUGCUGGGGACACCACCAGGACACCACUGUGGCUGAUGACCAACCCUGGGGACACCACCAGGACACCACUGUGGCUAAAUGACUGACCCCAGGGACACCCCCAGGGCACCAGGACACCACCGUGAAUGAGUGACCAACCCUGGGGACACCACCAGGACACCACUGUGUCUGAGUGACCAACCCAGGGACACCACCUUGGCAGUGGCCAGCCUGGGGGACACCACCAUGGCAGAGUGACCAACAGGGACACCAGCAACGGGGGGACAUUGGCGACAGCACAGUGCCAUGGCUGACUGACCCCUGGGGACACCACAGUGACCGACUGACCCCUGGGGACACUGCGGUGACCAACAGACCCCACAGACACUGCGGUGACCAACUGACCCCUGGGGACACCACAGUGACCAAGUGACCCCCGUGGACACCGUGGUGACCGAUUGACCCCUGGAGACACCAGGACCCCGUGCUGGCCAGCUGAGCCCUGGGGACACCGUGUGACCAACUGACCCCUGGCACUGGUGGCAGGACCCCGCGCUGGCCGAGUGACUGAGGGGGGUGUGGCUGUGGCAAUAAACCCUGG